AUGGGGCCACCGUCUCAAACUCCGGCGACCACCGAGCAAUCUGAAAAAGGUGGUGGUAAUAUCAUCAUAACGGCCCAGGGAGACAAGUUGUCGCCAUGGGCAUCGUCGCAAAGUCGCGACACUUCAGAGCCUAUGGAAAAAUCGGGCUCCUCGCAGCCACCGCAGCCACCGCCGCCGCCGCAGCAAUAUAAACCUGCGAAUGCCAAAGUCGCUAUUCCCAGAAACCGUGGUGGACUUGCGCCUCGCUAUAGCCGUCGGGUGGCGAAAGCUUGCGAAUCGUGUCGCCAGCGCAAGACAAAAUGCUCUGGAGAUACACCCGUCUGCAGACAAUGUCGGGAGCUUCGAAUUUCAUGCCAGUAUCCCGACGGGCUAAGGGAGAAAACAAAAAGGCAUAUGGAAGAACUGAAGACCAAAUCGAAUGAAUACGAAUCUCUUUUGAAGGAUCUACUCUCAUCCGUUGACGAUAGCCUAGCUACCAAAAUCUCGACGACAUUGUCUAGACAUUCGGCCGAUGGGGACCUGUUUGAUUCUGUAGGACAGCGUUCUUCGUCCUCGCGGACCCCUCUCGAUGAUGGCGAGUUGGAAGUGUCUUCUCCGUCAUCCAUCGGGUCUUUGGAAGCAAUUGACCGUGUGGAGGAAGAUAUAAACCGAGGAGAGAAUGUGCGAGCAACGGGCUACAUUGGGAAAAACUCGGAAAUCAGCUGGAUGCAGCGCGUACAAAGGGAGGCAGUUCAGCGAUCCCGGCAUGAGCCUGGCACGUACGAUGGCAAGCCUCCGAAUAAGCAGUACGAAGAUUUUUCUAUCAAUUCCGUGAGCUAUCAUCUGGACGAUCUCGACAUUAGCGUUCCGGACCCGGUGGAUAUUUAUUACAUGCCGCCUCGCGAACAAGCAGAACGACUUUUCGAAGACUAUCUAGCAACAGUUCACCCGCAUUUUCCAAUAAUCAACCGACCACUCUUUCGCUCGCAGUUCAAAUUCUUCUUCGAUAAUCCUACACAACCAGGUGACAAGUGGCGAGCAAUUUUGAAUAUGAUCUUUGCCAUUGCCGAAAAACACUCUCAUCUUGUUCAGGCACCCUGGAAAGGAGAGGAUACCCAAGAGCAUCUACUAUAUUUCACGCGCGCCAGACAUCUCAGCAUGACGAGUGAUGUCCUCUUUAGCCAUCCAGAUCUCCAACAAGUUCAAGUAGAGGGUCUAGUUGCCUUUUAUCUUUUGUCAACGGAUCAGAUCAACAGGGCCUGGAGGAUAUCUAGUAUUGCUAUUCGCUCAGCCAUUACUCUUGGUAUUAAUAUGAAAAGCUCCAGCGAGACGACUACGAACGCCUCCAAAGAAUCUCGAUACCGGGUCUGGUGGUCGCUGUACUCAUUUGAGCAUCUUCUUGGCGUCAUGACAGGUAGAGCAACAUGCAUUCUUGACGGAAUCUGCACGACACCCUUGCCGAUUCCCUUUGAAGAAGAAAGGUUCAACGACUCCGAUGUCAACGAGCUUCUGAGCAAUCCGUCGCUACGCGAAAAGAAGGUCGAGAAUAUCGCUGCAAGCCAUUUGAUUCGAUUGAUGCCUUUGAACCCGCCAGAAGGAAAGGCGUCGGAGAAGUUUGAACAAUCUAGUCAUUUCACAUGGUUACAAGGCAUACCUUUGAACUCUGGGCUAUUCUUCUCAUUAUACAUGGACCUUGCAGUAAUCACGCAAGAGAUCAUCAACAAGGUGUAUACAGCAGACGCGGUGCGAGUCCCAUGGUCUAACAUUGAGAACCGCAUCGGCGAAUUGAAGUCACGGAUUGAUUUGUGGUUCGAUCAGUUGCCAGAUACCUGCAACUUUACCCAAAAAGACAGCAGCUCACCGGAACAAGUACGAGCCAAACUGGGCCUUGCGUUCCAGUAUUAUAGUGCUCGAAUAACGCUUGGACGACCGUGCCUGUGUCGACGCGACUCGCAAUCGAACAAGAAAACUUCUUUCAGCCAUAAGAUGGCCGUGGUCUCGCUCGAGGGGGCCACUCGAAUGCUCGACCUGAUACCCGACCCUCCUGACCCUUUUCAACUUUAUCAAUUGGCGCCUUGGUGGUGUAUACUUCACUUUCUCAUGCAAUCCACCACCGUUCUUCUCUUGGAACUAUCGUUUGGCUGUGUCCAUGUUCCUGGCGAUGAAGGCAAUAUCUUCAACUCUGCUAAAAAGGCCAUUCGCUGGUUAUACGCAAUGUCAGAACACAGCACUGCAUCACGACGAGCUUGGUAUCUUUGCGACGGCUGUAUUCGCCGAAUCUCUAUUGGCAUGGAUUAUGAUGUCAGCGACCUUCCAUUAGUACCCAACGACGACAUGCUUCAACGAAAUACCGUUGGUGAAUACCAGGACCCGGCGUCAUCCUUGGAGAGUGCUGCUGGCAAGGCAAAUGUCGACUGGAGCACUGGAAUGGAGUCCAUGAGCAUUUCACAGAGUGAAGCAAGAAACCAGGAUUACGUAUCUGGAAGCACCGGACUUGAAGGUUCCCUGAACGUUUCCGAAAUGGUCUCAUAUGCCAUGAAUUUCCCGCCUUCCAUGGUAUUUACGCCGAGCAGCGAAUUUCAUUUUCCAUAUGACCCUAUCAUUGGCGAAUUCAUGGGCUCGUUCUUUCCAUACCCGGGCGAUGACCAGCAAGAUUGGCAAGGAUGA